GGAAAUCGUCCUCGAUUUCGAAGGACGAUCGAGAAAUCUACAGAUUCUCUACCACUGGAUCGGGGGUCGUAUCCCGCCGACGUGGAGACGACGUUCGACUAUGACUUCUGCAUGGAAAAUGUAACUGACGUUGGCUGAAACGACGACGACGUCGAGCUCCACCGGGAGGCUACAAUCAAUUGGAUUCUCCGCGGCUUUGGCGCGAGCUCCACCCGUCACAGCUCUCGCAUAUCAGGAAUAGUCUACAUAGACACCUAAGUUUCCAUGUCCCAUCCACAAGCGCGUGAUUGUAGCAGUGGGGCUUUUGCGAGCUAACUCAGUUUGACAGUGCGAUCAGUUUUUGGACACAAACUGGGUACACACAUUUGCAUUGAUGAGAGGAAGAAGAAAGUUACGACUUUAUGUGCUUGUCUUGCAUCGACAGGUGAAAUCGUUGAAUGCAUGGCUUUGAUGUGGAUAAGCGGAGACGUGUGGGAGGGUCGAUUCUCGCACUGCACGGCACCCCACUGCACGUUAAUAAUCCUGCAGCAUGGAUGCGGAGAAAACGUUGCGGGAUCACUGCGAGUGAUGGUCACGAAUGCAGCCUGUGUCGCCGUGGAUUCAAACCCAUGACCCUCCGUGGGACAUGCAAGUCGUAGUAAUUGCAGCUUCAGCAGUCUGAGCAUUACCCUUCGUUUCACCCUUGGGUGCCUUUGUGGGUGUCAUCGGAGGAAGUUCCUCCCGCUCGAUAAGCCCCUUCAGACAGUGCAAGCUGGCAAGAGGUCUUUGCAAUUUGCCCCGCCAGCUUUCAUCCACCUUGACAACUAGAAGCUCCAUGACUAACAGCAGAUUCUUUGCUUCCGUGGGCGUUCGGACUUUUUGCUUGUGACUCGUGGCCUGCAAAUAGAUCGUAGGAGCCAUGUUUCGCCGGGGUGGGCUGAAAAUUCCUCGGUUGAAGAUCACAAAAUGGAAGUUUAAGUUGUUGACGUUAACCAUUUUUGGCUUUUUCUCAAUAGUAGCCACCCUCGUAUACGUUUAUGACUACCGCACCGUUACGUAUUUUUUGCGACCCAUUUGGGAUACCCCCCCUAAGUCCUUUCAGAUAAUUCCUCAUUACUACGCGGAUGGCAUGAACUUAUCCGAAUUGUGCGCACUCCAUGGCUGGACUCACAGGCCCACCCCGCGUCGUGUGUUCGAUGCAGUAAUCUUCAGCAACGAGGUUGACCUUCUUGAGAUCCGAAUGCGGGAACUCAUGCCCUUCGUCACUAAGUUCCUUGUCCUAGAAUCGAACGCUACAUUCACAGGAAAACCGAAACCUCUCUACUUCGCAGACCAGAAGGACAGCCGCUUCAAGUUCAUUCACCCGCAGCUUCUCUACUCCAAUAUUCCGAGCCGUCCACAAAUUCCUAACAGGGACCCUUUCGACAACGAAAAGCAUCACCGAAUAGCCAUGGGAAAUUUCCUUCGCACAGCAGGCAUACAGGACGGUGAUCUUCUUAUCACAGCCGACGCCGACGAGAUUCCGUCCGCUCAUACCAUUCAUCUGCUGCAGAAUUGCGAUGGGUAUCCAUCCCCCAUGCAUCUCCAGCUCCGCAAUUACCUGUACUCUUUUGAGUUUCUCGUUGACAGCAAUUCAUGGCGCUCAAGUGUAGAGCUCUACAGAAAGGAGACGCAGUAUCGUCACUCUCGGAAGACGGAUCAUUGUCUAGCAGAUGCGGGCUGGCACUGCAGUUUCUGCUUCCGCUACAUCCGAGACUUUGUCUUUAAAAUGAAGGCCUACUCUCACGCUGAUCGUAUUCGGCGUCCCUCUCUAUUGAACCCCGAGCGGAUCCAGAAGAUUAUCUGCAAGGGUAGCGAUAUUUUUGACAUGCUUCCGGAGGAGUUUACCUACAAGGAGCUAAUCAGCAAAUUGGGUGCUGUUGCAAAAUCCUUCUCUGGAGUUCACAUGCCGAAGUAUUUGUUAGAAAAUGCGGAGACUUACAGGUACCUGUUACCCGGUAAUUGCAUACGUGAUCCCCUGCCAGUCUCUCUAUGAGCGUUGCAUGCUGCAGAUUACAUGAACCUGAUUAUGAGUGCAUAAUCAAGAAGUUAGUUUUUCCCGCACAAUUCCUAAACUACUGGAAGAGCUUCAGAAAACAGGUGCUUUACGGCUACAGAAGACAUCGAUUCCCUGUAUUUCCGAGAGCUCUAAGCUUUAUUAUCAGCUGCCAGGUUCUUAAACAGAUCGACUAAGAACCUGGCAGCUGAUAAUAAAGCUUGGAGGAAUGUUGAUGUCCACCUUGGAAGGAAUUCCUCUACACUAGUAAUUGUUUAGAUGUUCAUUCAAGUUAUGAAUUUGGGAAAUUUUCCUUUUUGGUGUGUCUACUUGUUUGGGUGGUGAAUGUGCACCCACAUGAAUACAUAUGACCUAAAACUGGUAUGGUGCACAAAUAGCAGCAAAGAAUUUUUUUUGCAAUAUUUAAAUAAGGCUUCUUUCUUCAA